UUCAAAAGAAAACAACUUUGAAGAGUACUCUAUAAGGAGAGUUUUGAGUUGUGGGUUAUAACGAGGAAGGAGAAUUGUCGCAAUGUUUAGUUACAACAUAUUUCUUAGAGGAUUGUCUGAAUAUGGGAAGGUUGAAGAAGGGGAGUGGAGCUGAUUCUACUACUUAUGGAGUUUUGAUUCAUGGGUUGUGUAAGAAUGGUCAUUUGAAUAAGGCGUUGACAAUAUUGAAAGAGGCAGAAGAUGAAAGAGAUAAGCUGGAUGCUCUUGCACAUUCUUCGAUGGUUGAUGGGUUAAGCAAACAAGGAAGAGUAGAUGAAGCUUUGGGCAUAGUGCAUCAGAUGGAUAAUCAUGGCUGUAAGUUGAGUCCUCAUGUUUGCAAUCUAUUGAUUAAUGGGUUUGUCCGAGCUUCCAAACUUGAGCAGGAAAUUCACUUUUUCAGGGAAAUGGAAUCCAAAGGUUGUUCUCCUCCUCUUGUCGUCUAUAACACUCUUAUAAAUGGUCUGUGCAAGGCAGAAAGAUUUUGCCAUGCAUAUUCUUUUGUAAAGGAAAUGCUAAAAAGAGACUGGAAGCCAGACUCGAUCACUUAUAGCUUAUUGAUAAUGGCCCUCAACUUGUGGCGCCAAGCUCUUGACUAGGGUUUGGAGCCUUAUGUAACAUUUUGAUGCAUGGCCUUGCUCUGCUGGGAAAAUUGGAGAUGCUUUGCUGUUCUAUUCAAAUAUGAAGCAGUCGAAUUGAACUGCCUUCCCAAUCUUGUUACCCAUAACACACUUUUGGACGGGAUUUAAAAGGCCAGCGAGUGUGAAAAGGCAUCAGUGAUGUGGGCUUGCAUGUUCAAAUAUGGGUUUCAGCUGGACAUAGGCACUAUGAUUACUUUAAUUGCAGGUGAUGUUGUUUUCGUGUUGUCAUGGCAAUACUUGCAGAUGUGAUUGGAUCUUCCUCGUGACAAACCUGAACACAACCUUCAACCAUCUGUUAGGCAAACAGCGAGCAUCCACGGCCCAGAUAGCCUAUCUAGCCCUUCAACGUUUAGUUUUUGCUUGAUCAUUUUAAUUCAGGGCCCAUAAAUCUUCCUUUUCAUUAUGGAUGAGUAACGUUCAGUAUCGAACAUUUUGACUCCUAGAAGUCCCAAGUAUGUUAUCUUUCUCCUAGACCUUUGAAUUCUUAUGCUUCUUUUCUCUGCUUUGCUCAGCAUAUAUAUAUAAACAAUUAAAGCAAUUUCACGAAAGUGCUUAGCCAGAAAGAUAGCUGUACAGCAAAAAGUAUUUGAAGAUGAUUAUAAAAAUUUCUCAGAAAAUGGUCACAACAACGUGAGUACUACGGCUUUUUGGCUGUUUGGAUACAGUGAUAGGAAAGUUAGCAAAGCAUCAAAACCCAGUUACUUGGAUAUUGGUGAUGCAGUAAUAUCACCAAGAUCAGAUGUAGAUGAUGCAAAAGAAAAUAGCUUGAUGUAUCAAAUCCAAGUUGGAAGUUUUCACUUGGGGUUAUUUUAUCAUGCUAUAUUCAUUCAAAAUGGCAUGUCUAAGAUUUCACACUAUAAAUUCCUUAUACUGAGAAAAAAGGAGGACUUUACUUUUCUUUGUCUGUCUGUUCCUUUUCUGCUCUUUCUAUGUCUGAUGCUAAUCUCUGCUCGUAGCUGAACUGAGUGAUCAAACCCACUAAAAUUGCUCCGAGAACUGCAACUUUUCGCCAAUCAGGUGCAGAAGAGAGGAAGGAAUCAGCAAUUACUAUGGCUAGUACACCCAUUAAAGCAAGGUAAAUGUUCUUCCUGGUUUUUGACCCUGCUUUUGCGUUAGUCAGAUCUUUAAUCUUCUGUGCUUCCUCCUUAGCUUUGGUUUUAUCAACUGGUGCUUUCUGGCCAAGGCUCUUGAAGAACAUCCCCUCAUUCCGGUCGUUUUCCAUUUGAA